CUUUUUUGGUUCACGAGGCAAUGGCUUAAGCAAAUCUAGCUUUAGGUAAUUUGCCAGCCGGGGUUAAGGAGCAUGUAUCCAACGGUUUUGGAGUGGCAAAUUAAAAGAACAGCAAAUGGUCUGUCUGCUGCUCUCUUGUUCUGCCCUGAGCCUGAGCUCUGCCCAGCUAGUACAGGACAAAGGGGGGGCUUUCAGCCUCUUGUAAAUAGCCGAUUGUACAGGGGGAGGAGGUGGGGCAUGGGAUGGCAGCAUCUUGCCAGCUUGGCUUGCUGCAUUGAGGAAAGAUGUCAGGAUUUCUUAAUUUGCUGCUGCCAGGGCACGAGUGCUAUUUAUGUGGGUUUGUUUGAGGGCUACAUUCCUAGUGAGUAUUCUAUCAGACUGUUGUUAUUCAUCUUGGUGAAAGCUUGAGGAACUCAAAAGGAGAGAACAUCCAGAUUAUCCAGAUUUAUAGAUGGCAUGAAGAGAAUAAAAUGCUAAGAAUUCAGCUUAGAAAACCACCAACACAGGACAAUGCAAGCCCACGAGUUGUUCCGGUAUUUUCGAAUGCCAGAGCUGGUUGACUUCCGACAAUACGUGCGCACUCUUCCAACCAACACUCUCAUGGGCUUUGGGGCUUUUGCAGCACUCACCACUUUCUGGUACGCCACAAGACCCAAAGCCCUGAAGCCGCCAUGUGACCUCUCCAUGCAGUCGGUGGAAGUGGCGGGUGGAGAAGGUGCUCGAAGAUCUGCGCUGCUCGACAAAGAUGAGCCCUUGGUGUACUUCUACGACGAUGUCAGAACCUUGUAUGAAGGUUUCCAGAGGGGUAUACAGGUGUCAAAUAAUGGCCCUUGUUUGGGCUCUCGGAAACCAAACCAGCCCUAUGAAUGGAUUUCAUACAAACAGGUUGCAGACUUGUCAGAGUGCAUAGGCUCAGCGCUCAUACAGAAAGGCUUCAAGACUGCCCCAGACCAGUUCAUUGGCAUCUUCGCUCAAAAUAGACCGGAGUGGGUGAUUAUUGAGCAGGGAUGCUUUGCCUACUCCAUGGUGGUCAUUCCCUUGUACGAUACCCUGGGGACUGAAGCCAUCACGUACAUAGUCAACAAAGCUGAACUCUCUCUGAUUUUUGUUGACAAGCCAGACAAGGCCAGACUCUUAUUAGAGGGUGUAGAAAAUAAGUUAACACCGUGCCUCAAAAUCAUAGUUCUCAUGGACACCGUUGGUAGUGAGCUGGUGGAACGAGGCAAGAAGUGUGGGGUGGAAGUUACCAGCAUGAAGGCAAUGGAGGACCUGGGAAGAGCCAACAGGCGGAAGCCCAAGCCUCCAGCUCCUGAAGAUCUUGCAGUAAUCUGUUUCACAAGUGGAACGACAGGCAACCCCAAAGGAGCGAUGAUCACUCAUCAAAAUGUAGUGAGCGAUUGUUCAGCUUUUAUGAAAAUGACAGAGAAUGCAGUCAUUCCUUCCUCAGAUGAUAUUUUGAUAUCUUUCUUGCCUCUGGCCCAUAUGUUUGAGAGAAUUGUAGAGUGUGUAAUGCUGGUUCACGGAGCUAAAAUCGGAUUUUUCCAAGGAGAUAUCCGGCUGCUUAUGGAUGACCUCAAGGUGCUUCAGCCCACUAUCUUUCCUGUGGUUCCAAGGCUGCUAAACCGCAUGUUUGAUCGAAUCUUUGGACAAGCCAACACCACACUGAAGCGGUGGCUCUUGGACUUCGCUUCUAAGAGGAAGGAGGCUGAGCUUCGCAGUGGCAUCAUCAGGAACAACAGCCUGUGGGACAAACUGAUCUUCCACAAAAUACAGUCAAGCCUGGGUGGAAAAGUACGGCUGAUGGUCACAGGAGCUGCCCCCGUGUCUGCCACUGUACUGACGUUUCUGAGAGCAGCCCUCGGCUGUCAGUUUUACGAAGGCUAUGGACAGACCGAGUGCACUGCUGGUUGCUGCCUCACUGUCCCUGGAGACUGGACGGCAGGCCACGUUGGUGCCCCGAUGCCUUGCAACUUUAUAAAACUUGUUGAUGUGGAAGAAAUGAAUUAUAUGGCUGCCAAAGGCGAGGGUGAGGUGUGCGUGAAAGGGGCAAAUGUAUUUCAGGGCUACUUGAAGGACCCAGCAAAGACAGCAGAAGCUUUAGACAAAGACGGCUGGUUACACACAGGGGACAUUGGAAAAUGGUUACCAAAUGGCACCUUGAAGAUCAUCGACAGGAAGAAGCACAUAUUCAAGCUGGCACAAGGCGAAUACAUAGCGCCUGAAAAGAUCGAAAAUAUCUACCUGCGAAGUGAACCUGUCGCUCAGGUGUUUGUCCACGGAGAAAGCUUGCAGGCAUUUCUCAUAGCAAUUGUGGUACCAGAUGUUGAGACAUUAUUUUCCUGGGCCCAAAAGAAAGGAUUUGAUGGGACCUUUGAUGAACUGUGCCGAAAUAAGGAUGUCAAGAAAGCCAUCCUAGAAGAUAUGGUGAGACUCGGGAAGGACUCUGGUCUCAAGCCAUUUGAACAGGUCAAAGGCAUUGCGAUACACCCUGAAUUAUUUUCUAUUGACAAUGGCCUCCUGACUCCAACAAUGAAGGCCAAAAGGCCAGAGCUGCGGAACUAUUUCAGGUCACAGAUAGAUGAACUUUAUUCCACCAUCAAGAUUUAAUGUGAGGAAGAACAGCAUACCGCUUCCGUCUCUUAUUCUACCAAUGGCCUUCACGUUGGUAAUUUUGACUACAGCAAGUCUAGGGAAGGAAAUGUGCACGUUUAACUUGUCUGCUCGGGGUUCUCGUCAUAGGAAUAUUAGAGGAACUGGAACACUGCCUUAUAGUCACCUUGUGUUGUAGACCAUGUUUAUGGUGAUAUACAAUUCCCAAAAUGAGCCUUAAAAAUUGUAACGGAAAAACUAUCGAUGUGUUAAGUUAUUUGAGACUUCCUCAGUUCAAAAGUGGGUUUUAAAACUUCUCUGUCUCCCUGUUUUUCUAAGCAAGGGAUUAGGACUUUACUAUCCCUGAGACCUCUGCUACUUGCUGCAAAUGCUACAGUCGUCUGCUGCUCUAAAGAGUACAGUGCACUAGAGGGAAGCUGUCCCUUUAGAAAUGAGAACAACUGUCCUGGCUGGAGAAUGUCACAAGCGGACCAGAGAUUUUUUUUCAAUCCCUCCCAUCAACCCUUCCCCACCUCACAGGCACUUACACAGCCCUUCUGAUCAUGAGGGUUAUGAAACAUGCUCUUCUCCAGUCCCCUCUUGCUCCUGUUGGACAUAAGGUUCCUGUAAACCAAAGGACACAGCCAACUCAGAACGGCACAGGUGCCGAGUCUCCAAUGGCUUCUCACCACAGCAGAAUGCUCUUGGCCCCUGUUCUCCAGACCGGAUUCCCUCCUUCCAUCCUGUCCCGGCGGUUAUUUAAAAAUCUGCCUUAGAUUCAACAGUGAAGAAAGCAUUUCAAGAAAGAAAGACUUAGCUGGGUCAACCAUGCUCAACUGUGAUGUCCGAAUAAACUACUUAUCUUCACUGAACCACUUGCCCCGUGUGUGUAACAGCCAAUGGAUUUUUUUUUUUUUUUUUUUGGCUGGGGCUGGGUUUGAACCCGCCACCUCCGGCAUGUGGGACUGGCGCCCUACUCCUUGAGCCACAGGCGCCACCCCAGCCAAUGGAUUUUUAAUAACAAUUUUCAUAUCAAAAAAUCAUGUCGUGAUUAACUUGGUUUUCUCCCCCCAAAAUAAACUCUCAGGCAAAGCAUGUCUUUCAAAAUAUUACGAGGUGGCUCGCCUGUAAUCCCAGCACUUGGGAGGCUGAGGCAAGAGGAUCGCUUGAACCCGAGAGUUUGAGGUUGCUGUGAGCUAAGACAUCACAGCACUCUACCAAAGGUGACCAAGAGAGACUCUGUCUCAAAAAAUAAAAAUAUUAAGGGAGUAGAUACACUUGGGUACUUACUGAAAUGGACAGAAAUAAAUGUUCUUACAGCAUAAUGCUACUUGAUUUCUAUGAAAUGGAUUUGAUAAGCCAAAAUAAUUCUAGGAUGUAGAAAUAUGGAAAGAGUAUUACCUGGGAUUAACUUCUCAAGGGAUUUUUUUUUUUUAACGUUAAUUCGGGAAAUUAACAUGAGUUCACUUCAUUGCGAGUCUUGGCUACAUUUGACUGAAUUCAGUUGUCAUUUAUACAUUCACAGUGACUGUUUUUGGAUACAUGAGAGUACAUGUCUUACAAAAGCACAACAGGGUUUGCAGUAAUGAACUGUCAUUGUAAUAACACUAUUUGGUAGCCUAACUUCAUAUAUGUAUUCCUAAUUGCACAAAAUGUCAAUAAUUUGUCACAUUGGGGUUUUGAAUGUUUGCUUUAAGUGUCAGCUAUUUCUAUGUUUUAUAAACCAAAACAGAAUUUCCAAAAACAAUGAAGGAAGCCAAAAUAAAUAUUUCUGCAUUUCAA